AUGUUCGACGGCACUGGUACGCCGGCGGGAGUUGAGCAAGCUGCUGUAUGUGCUCUUCUGCCUCUUGCUUGGUUGACCGUCAUCGCCAGAUUCUGCAGAUUCUGGUAUCGUGGAAAACACAUCAAGUCGAGAUCGAUCGGCUGGGACGAUUUCUUUAUGCUUCUCACCUCGCUUUUGUUCUCAAUCUAUUGCGCCUUCAUGGUAGUCCUCAUCGAUCGUGGAGGAUUUCGGAAAAGGCCUCUUGCUGACACGCUCCCGCGGACUGCAAUCUAUGUUGUAUUAUCUGAAGUAUUCUAUAUUCUCACCACUAUUUUCCUCAAGGUGUCCAUAGGACUCUUCUUUCUGAGAGUUCUAUUACGACCUUGGCAAAGAUGGGCCUUCUACGUUGCUUUGAGCUUUGCCACUGCUGCUGGUACAACAUACGCUUUCCUAGCGACCUUCCAGUGUGGUUUGCCUACAAAACUUUUCCAGAACAUCAUUCACGACAAGUGUUUACCACGUUCGGUCAAUCUCGGUUUCAGCUACAUGUACUCGAUCACAAAUAUCAUCGCAGACCUGACCUUUGUCUUGAUCCCUAUAUGGAUGCUCAGAAACUCGCAGAUGGGCCGGCGAGCGAAAAUCUCCGUGACAUUUGUCAUUAGUCUCGGGGCCACAAGUUCUGUUGCUAGUAUGAUUAGGCUUAAAUUCAUAAACGGUAGUGUUUUUGGGCCAGAUUUCUUCCAGAACGCAAGCAACCUCGCAUUCUGGAGCACGAUCGAACCAGGGAUCGGCAUUGUCGCAGGCUCACUUGCCACAUUACGCCCACUCCUGAGAGCCGCUAUCUCUCUGGCCUGUCACGGAAUCUCAAACACCGUGUCUGGAAGUCGGAGCCAGUCCGGUCACAACAAGGGCUAUUCACGUUAUGGGAGCGAACAGCUUCGCAUGUCAACCUUCAAACAGGCCCAUGCUCCUGAUGGAUCUCAGCCUUUCGACGAUAACGACAAAAGAAACUCAUACACUGCCAAUAUCAGUGGUGGAAAGGCCGCACUGUCGCCGCCAUUUCCUCCAAAGAAUGCGAUGUUCAGUUUUUCGUCGACCAAACAGCUCAAAAGAUAUAACAACCACUUUAAUUCUAACGACUCCACAGCCUCAAGUAUCCACAGUCUGAGGGAUUCCAAGGCACGCCACCACCGCCGGUAUGUAUCUCUCACCGACUCCAGCGACCGCGUAGGUUCAAAGUAUUCUAAAAUGAUGCGCCCCGGCUAUCGAUCGUCGGUUGCCGUUCCCAAAACGAAUCUGAGCUUACGACAUCCGAGACACUAUCCAAAGAGAUAUGGGUCAAGCUCAUCCGCUCGCGGGCCCAGCCCUGGAAAUCUUCGAAGGCACCAGCAAGGGCGUCAUCAGCGCUACCAGUCUGAUUCAACUGCGGCGAGCAACACGAGUUUAGAUGGCUGGACCCAUUCCAUGUCCACGGUCAAUAGUGAUCGCUCAAUAAGAAAGGUAGUGGAAGUAGCGAUAACCCGAGAGAUCAACACUGAAGGCAUCGGUCGUCAUCGCGCAAACCGUUCACCAAGCGGCGAAACGAACGCCAUCGGAUCGAAAGGAGUCCACGAGUAUAUAGCUUGA